AUACAGACAUAGCCAGAUGGGCUUCUCAGCAUUGAGUCCAUGCAAACUGCUUUUGCUGACAAAAUGGCACACAAAGAUUUAGGUCGGAGUGACGUGGUCAAGCAUUUCUCAGUUCUCUCUAAACCAGAUGGCCCAGACAGUGAAAUUGAAAGCAGCUCAGCAGAAAGUCGAGUUUCUAGCAAGUGGAAUGUUGGAUCAAAAAAUGAAAAAACCGCCGUACAUCAGGGAAGCGCUGUUGAUUCAAGUCCUUGGGAUAGUGAAGAGGAGGGCCUUUCUAAACAUAAGGAGAUUGAAGAUAAGAGAACGUUGAGCUUCAAAAAGUUAUCAGGCCAUUCAAGAUCAAAGCUACAGGCAUCAACCAAACAUUCACACACUAUGUAUGAAGAUUUUAAAGAGACUUUGAAAGAUACAGAUUUUGUAGGCAGACAUUUCCAAUCUCCUGGGAAAUCUCAUAUAAAAAAAUAUGAUCAAAAUUUGGACAUUCCCCAUAAAUCUUCAGGUUCCAAAAACAGACCCGCAGAACGAGAUCCAAUGAUUCAGUCAAGCUAUCCUGGAUGGAGUGAUUCAUCAAGCGAGACACAACCAAUCUUCUCUCUUUAUGAACGAGACAACCAGAAGAAGAAAGACCAAGCCGUAAUAGAAGAACAGAACAAGAAUAAAGGAAACAUUAAAGAAACCUUAAAGAAGAACAUGAACCACCUCAGGAACCAGCACAAAUCAAGCCAAACAUCCACCAACAAGCCCUCCAUGGAGGACUCUCGGACCAACCACCAGCUUGUUCGAGUUUUAUCCAAAGAGAAAACUGAGGCUGAGAAGACUUGUGCUGAGGCUGGAGUGUCUUCAACAGAGCUUGUACAGGCAAAUGUUGGCUUGACUGAGGAAUCCACUGAACCUGAAAAUGUAGGGGUAGCUUCAGAGGAAAAUAUAGUGGUUGGAAUCGUGAAAGAUGCUCCUAGUUAUAAAGAAAAUAAUUUAAUCUACCAUUUUGAUUUUGGACAUCAGAACUUCUAUGAGACGAAGAAGGAAUAUAAUGAAGCUUGCAUUAGUAACCUCGCAGACUGGUCUAAUGAUGUCAUUCGGCAUUGUUGGCGAGAGCUGUUUGCGGUGGUAAGGAUCCUGAUGAAUGUGGUCACUUUGUUUUUGAUUGAAUUGGUGAAUUUCUUAAGCCGAGCGUUCAUCGAAAUCCUAGUGGCUGGACUCUUGACAGCAAUUGGAGACCAUGUGCUGAAGCCACUGCUGGCGACUUUGUUCAACAGCCUGCUGCAACCCAUCAUGAUAUUCCAAUUGAAUAUUUUCACUGGCAUAAGAAACCUCUUGAACCCUUUAAUUGACAUCAUCAGAAGACUGAUUAUGCAAAUAGCUGCUUUGUUGCAUGCCUUCCGGCUAGUGGAAGUGACUUUUAAUCGUGCUCCGUUCACCCAUCAGGAAGUGUAACUAAUCAAGUUGCUAUUCUAGGAUGAGUACGAAAAUUCUUAUAAAUGCGGGUGAAAUUUGGUUGUAAGCGAGAAUUGCUAAGCUGGAUUUUUCAGUGACCAGCAAUUAUUUCUACCGAACUGAUCAGUUAGUUUAAAGCCGUUUUUUAUUCAAAGCCAGUGAUACCUGUAAUAUAUUCUAGUAAAUUGGAUCUUCACAUUUUAAUUGAAUACCCCUUCUCCCACGUCUAUUGUUAUCAGGAGCUUGAAUAGUGUUUGUGCUCAAUUCUCUUGUUUGGACAUUGCUUAUUGCGUGUACCCCUGACCUCUUUUACAGGAAUUUUAGUCAUACACUAUCUUCCAUGUGGUUUAUUAUGUUUGCUCUCAUAUUUUGUCAUCCAAGACUUACUAUGUCGAUGCAUUUAUGUUGCAUCUGUGAUCAUUUGCUCCUCUAAACAAGGAUUGGUCGGUAUUCUGCCUUACAUGGUUCCCAUUUCUCAGGAUAUGGUAGCCACUUGUACUAAUCUGUGAAAUCAAGAUAGGCAACUUUGUGGUGGAAUCUAAGAUAAAUCCAACAUGACAUUUAUUGAACCAUUAAGAAUGAGAGAUCAGUGUUGAGUUAUCUACUCUCUGCGAGAAUGCUGGCAGUUUAUCUCAUCAAACAGUUUAUGGGUUCUCAUUUUUGAUUGCCAUCCAGUAGGGAAGUGUGUGUGUGUUUGUGUGUCUACACUUUUCCUGAAGUUCCUUUUCUCUAUCCAUUAACAUCUUUGAAUCUAUGCAGUCCUCCAUUUCUGGACUCUUGAAUGAUUUUAAUAUUCUACAUUUGGUAGCAAUGCCUUCAUCUUUCUAGGCCCUAGAGUUCUCUGAACCUUUCCAUUUAUCUACAGUUGUUUCUCCUUUUUGUUAUUUCUCAUAGGCUACAUUUUAGGCCAAUCUAUUGGUCAUCUGUCCUAUAAUCUAAGUGGCUCGAGGUCUAAUGUUGUUAGAUAAUGCUUCUAUGCAGUGGCUUGAAUAUUUUCCAAUCUUAACAGUACAAUGUAAAUUCUAAUAGUUUUCCUGUUCUUUAAUCAUCCAAGUAUUUCUAUGCAAGUAACAUUUGGCCAGCUCUUGCUUUCUAACUUUUCUUGUAGCACUACCACCAGUACCAAAAUACUUUGUUCAUUUGUUGUGCUUAGUUGAUUUUGGGUUCAUACUGUGCCUGAGACUGUAAUGUUUGCUUAGAUAUAAGGGCCUGGCUUAGCUGGUUACACCUUAAAAAUUUAAGAUACUUCUGAGGAAUGUCAUAAAUGCAAGUAAUUUUUAUUUUGCAUUAGGAAUUUAACAAUUGCAGAUAUGACUUGCGCGAGGGCUACAGAAAGAUCUUUUCCAACUGUGAUCCAAUCUGAAAUGUGUACUGCUCCAGAGACUUUAUAAUGGUAAUCUUCCUUCCAAUAUUCUAGUAUCAUAGUCGGAUGAAAAUUAAGACUUUGGAUCAGUGCUUUUUUUGCGACAGUACAACGUACCAACACUUCUAAUAAGUUAAAAUUAGGUUGCCGUACAGCAACCAAUAGUGUCACAUGAACUGUUAUAUGGGUGCUUCUAUCUUUUUGUCCACAAAAAACCUCUGCUUUGGACCAAUGAUUCCCAAAACCAUCCACCAUUAUGAUUUUUCUAAUUUUAUGUUUAGGUCUAUUGUAAACUAAUUUAUGCUGAUCAAUAGUUAUAAUCAGUCAAUACUUUCUUAUCACUGCUUUGUGACUGUCAGAAUGGUAAACAGUGAAAUAAAUGAAAUUUGGUUCUGUUUUGUUACAAGCAUGGAUAUGUUCCUCAGAAACUAAUCCUGCUCCACAUUUCAGAGCACAGAAUAUAUGCUGUGAAGAACAUAAUGUGAAGGUGUUGCUACUGUCUUAAGGAAUAGUUAUCUUUUAAAUGAUGAUUAUAUCACAGCAACAUUUUAGUCUUGCUUCCUUGGUCACUAGAUUGUAAUAUGAUGUAAGUCUCUAAGUUAUUUAAAAUUUGUAAAAUUUGUAAAAUUUUAAAGGAUUUAUUUAACAAUUACUGCAAAGAGAGUUGAACUCCCGUUCAGUUUAAUAGCAGGGCAGAGGUUUCCUAUUCACGAAUUGGGAGCAGAAUAACAAGUUGUGGGGGACUAGAUUCCCAUUUAUUGGAACAAUAGAGUCUAAGGCUCCCUUUCAAAUAGUUAGCAGUCCCAGUUGCAGAGUUAUUCAAAUGAUUGGCCUAUCCUUCGGGGAACAAUAGAACACUGGACGUUAAUUUAUGGUGUGAGUAGUUCCAGUAGUAGAGGAUUGGUGGAUACAGCAUUAGGGACUGAAUUCCCAAAAGUGAGAUUGGAAGAGUAUUAAACUCCCUUUCAAGGACCACCGGGCAAGCACUUGGGCAACAAACUAUUCUCAAUGAAUGGAAUUCCCAUAUACAGUGCUUUACUAAAGCUGCCAGGUGAAAUAUCUCGAGAAACACUACAAAUGAAUGUGGGGUGAUAAAUGAAUAGUUCUGAGGAUAAUCCCAUCAAAUUAUUCUUCUCGUUGUGGAACGUUCUCGCAACAGAGCAGGAAAUAACAGAUUAAAGUAAUAUCCUUUACCAGCUAGAAGAGAUUAUAAAACUAAAUUCAGGUUAGAACUUAAAGGACUGUAUUCACAUUUACCCUGAUCAAACACAAAUGUAGUUGAACCCAUUGCUUAAGCAUAGCGUGUUGUGCUUCUGUUAAAAAUAAAAGAUGAAUGACAA